GUCCUAAAGUACAUCACAACUGCCAUCAAUAGUCCCUUUGAAGUAUCCAAGACUCUUCUGCAGGUUCAAUACAUGCCCCAUGAAGAUGUCGAAGUACUCGCCACAACUUCUCAUCAACAAGACGACAACCAUGAUCACAGUGACAGUACAGACGAAGAGAUAGAGGAAGACGAGGAAGAUGAUUUUUAUGGCACCGGAGGAAAGCGACGCCACUCGACGGAAGGAUUAGAUUUUUCGACUGCCUCGUUAGAUGCCGACAACCCAGCUUUUAAGAAAAAGGUCUCUUUGGAUGAAAGUGGCUACGUUGUUCGUACUAGUGUGUACGAUGAUAGUACCCGGCCCACUCACCAGAUUAAACCAAUUGAGGGUGGUGUCUGGCAAGGCAUCAGACUCUUAAUUAAACAGCCUCAUGAAGGGUGGAGAUCCCUAUUCAAGGGACAAUACACCAGUUGGUUAUGCGAAGUCCUUCAUCUCUUCCUCCAACCCACGCUCGAGGGUACAUUGAAUGAUAUGUUUGACCUUUACGACGAUACAAUUCCUCUUGUCCACCUGGAUCGGGUUGGCCCUAAUCUUGCAACAUUGGUGGCUAGUAACCUAAUUGUUGGAUUUAUCUUGAGUCCACUUGAACUCAUCAAAACAAGAAUGAUGGUACAAUCAGCAUCACCUCUGCAGCGCAAGUACAAGGGCCCCUUUCACGCCCUACGAACCAUUCUCAACGAAGAAGGUGGUCUAUGGGGACUAUACUUAUCUCACAACCUUGUUCCAACUCUUCUUUACCAUUCUAUUACCCCUUUGUUACAAAACACAAUUCCCCUUAUUAUUGACCGGGUCUUUCGUAUCUCGGCCAAUGAUUCCCCUUUCCUUUACGGUUUAGCUGAACUUGGACUCAACACUCUCGAGCUUAUUAUUACCCUUCCACUCGAUACUAUUCGUAAACGCCUACAGUGUCAGAUCCGAUCAAGAACUCCAGGAAACAAGCGCUUCGAGAGCGUUGUCGCCCUUCGCCCUGUACCUUACACUGGUAUCAUGGAUGCGUUUUAUCGCAUUGUUAAGGAAGAG